AUGGGAACACUAAUUUGUAUUCAAAUAGGGGUGGGCUGGGGGGAAGUGGGUCUGGGUUUGAUGAUAUUGUUGUAGGCUCUCUGUAGGCCAAAGAUGAAGUUGUGGUUUUUAUUAUCUUAGUUAUCUUACAAUUUUAUUUUGCAAAAAAUGAUUUUUAUAUUGUAGUAGGUAGGCAAGCAUUUGAUACUAUAAUAGAUUUGUAGUAAAAGAUUUUGUAAAAUUGUUUUUGAUAUAAGAAUAUUGACCAAACUAGUCUUUUUGUAGCAAGACGAUGUGAUAUUAUUGUUGACUGACAGUUCGUUAGGCCUUGAUCAUAAUUAUCGAACAAAUUGGGUCAAAAUACGUUUGGCUUGUGCUUUUGAGAAAUACUGUAGCUUUUUAUGAGUAAUAUGAAAUGUGUACAAUUUUGACAGUUUUUUAAUUAGCAUGACAUUUGGUGAGUAAUCGUGACUUUAUUAUAUUAUUAUUGAAGCGUUAAAAAAGACUUGUCGUUUUUCAGCGUUCAGACCUGUAUAAAUUGACGACAAGACUUUUUAACACCCCACAAUGAAAUGUUUUAAUGACAAAAGCUAUCGCGUUUUAUAUAUUUUUUAUUUUUAAAAAUACUUCGUGAACUAAUUCGUCCAAAAAAUACGUAGAAAUUACCGUUGCUAUUCAGCUCACCACGCUGGCUAAGAUCAUUGGAUUCCCGGCCCAGGCGGGCGAUCGCACCCGCGGUUCCAAACGCCCCUUCCCUUAUCAUGUGGGGUUUCCAUCAUCAGCUACCGCGACAUCAGCCCCUUCGACCUCGUACCAAGUCACGAACGAGCUGAGGACGGUUCAGGAGAGCGCCGUCAGCGAAGGUCAACGCUCGUCGUCGCCAUCCUACAACUGCGACCCGGAUCAGAACAAUGUCGUCGAGACAUCACAAUACGAAUGUCAGGCUGACAAUUGGUGUUGUACUCAGGUAGGAAUUGAAUUUGAAGCUUUUGAUAGGAGUAAAGGUAUUAUUGAUAGGAAGCUUGGAUAUUAUCCUUGAUAUUUAGAGAAUAGUACACUAUCCUUAGUUAAUUAGACCAAUAUUAAUGUACCUCUCAGCUAAUAACCACCCCAUUUUCAGGUCAAUGUGAUCAAGUUCUCGUACCUGUGGACCAUCAACAACUUCUCGUACUGUCACGAAGAGCUGGGCGAAGUACUCAAGUCCUCCACCUUCGGAUCAAGCCACAAUGACAAGAUGCGCUGGUGUUUGAGGAUAAACCCUAAGGGUCUGGACGAGGAAUCCAAAGACUUUUUGUCGCUGUAUUUGUUAUUGGUUCAGAGCGACAAAAGCGACGUUCGCGCCAAAUUCAAAUUUUCGAUUUUAAAUGCUGACCGAGAGGAGAGCAAGGCUAUGGGUAAGGAUUUUUGGGAAUUUUAAUUUUUAAAAAUUUAAAAAAAUCAUUUUUACUCUAUUUUGAAAGUUUUUAAAAUUAUACUUUUAAAUUUUUUUUAAAUUUCAAAAUUUUUUAUUUUUGAAAAAAAAAUUAUUUUAACACCCUACCUUUCAGAAUCCCAACGUGCUUACAAAUUUGUUCAAUCCAAAGAUUGGGGUUUCAAAAAGUUCAUUCGCCGUGAGUAUUUGCUGAACGAAGAAAAUGGCCUGCUGCCAGAAGAUCGUCUCUCCAUCUUCUGCGAGGUCAGCAUUGUCACUGAUGCUGUUAACAUUACGGGUCAACACACUCAACUGCCACAAAUCACCAUUCCACCCAGCAGUUUGUCCGAAGAUUACUCCAAUCUGUUCACUGAAAGCAUUUGUACUGAUUGUGAGAUCGUGGUGGAUGAACAGGUUUUUAAGGUAGGUUUCUGGCGAUUUUUAAAAAUUUGAAUAGCUUUACUCUAAAACAAUAUAAUUUUACAAAAACUUAGAUCAAUAUACAAAAUUUUAUUCUCCACAAACUUCAUCAAUCGUAUUUUACUUCUACCCAUUAAAACUUACAUUUUCAGGCACACAAAGCCAUCCUAGCGAGUAGAUCCGAGGUCUUCCGAGCCAUGUUCUCCUAUCCAACCACCGAAAAAGACAACAACAAGGUCGUAAUCGAUGAUCUAGACCCAGAAACGGUCAAAGGCAUGUUGCAUUUCAUCUACGGCGACAACGUCCCCGAACUCGACCAUCUAGCCAUCAAACUAAUGAGUGCGGCCGACAAAUACCAACUGAAACGACUAAAACAAAUGUGCGAAUGGUCACUAUGUAACGCCAUUUCAACUUCAAACGUGUGCCAAGUAAUGGUACACGCCGAUCUACAUUGUGCUGAACAGUUGAAGGCACGAUGUAUUGCAUUUAUCAACCAGAAUAGUCUGAGUAUCGUCGACACCGAAGGGUGGAAGGUAUUGGCACAGGACUAUGGCCAAUUGUUGGCACAGGUCUACAAGGCUAUGGCUACACAACACAUGCCCAUCGCCCAACUUACCGCGCCGCCCAAGACCAAACGUGUACGAUACAUGUGA